GGUGGCAUCCACCGCAUCAAGGAGCACCUCGCUCGGCAGAAGGGCAAUGCCUCCUGCUGCCCCCGUGUUCCUACUGAGGUCCAGGAUGCCAUGCUCCACAGUCUCGAGGGAGCCGCUGCCCGCAAACGGAAGAAACUCAAGCUCGCCGAUGAGCUCAACAAACUCCAUCCCACGGCAUCCUCCCAUCCCGAUCAUGAAACUGAUGAUUCUGCACUUCAGGCUAUCCCUAUCAACAAUGUGCUCGAUUUCUCUGGAACCGGAUCGGCUGAGGUGAGGGAAGAGAAUGCAGUGAAAGCGCCGGAGAAGGUGAGGAAGAGGAGGGGCCGGAAACGCGCUUCGCCGCAACUGUUGCCUCGGCUUGUAACUGCUGGUGAGGUUACUGUGCCGCCGCUCAAGUCUACUUCGGGCUCUGCUGUUGGUAAGGAACUGGUCUUCAUGGCAAUCGGACGGUUCUUGUACGAAGCUGGGGUUCCAUUGGACUCUGUGAAUUCGGUCUACUUCCAACCGAUGAUCGACGCUAUCUCAUCAGCAGCGCCAGGGCUCGAAUCGUUCUCCUACCAUGACAUCCGUAGCUGGAUCCUCAGGAAAUCUCUGGAAGAAAUUGGAUUACAGUUAGACUUCUACAAAUCGACGUGGAAUAGAACAGGUUGUUCUGUAUUGGCCGAUGAAUGGACCACCGACACAGGUAAAACGUUAAUCAAUUUCCUAGUCUAUUGCCCCGAAGGAACCAUGUUUUUGAAAUCAGUAGAUGCUACUCACAUCGUCACUUCUGAAGAUACUCUCUAUGAAUUGCUUAAGCACGUUGUAGAGGAAGUGGGUGAGAAGAAUGUAGUUCAAGUAAUCACCAGUAAUACCGAAAACCAUGUUCUUGCAAGCAGAAGGCUCACUGAGGCCUUCCCUACAUUGUUCUGGUCGCCUUGUGCUUUCCGAUGCAUUGAUGGAAUGCUAGAAGAUAUUGGGAAGUUGGAAGCUAUAAACCAAAUCAUAGAGAGCGCGAAAACUAUUACGGGAUUUAUAUACAAUAAUGCGGCAAGUUUGAAUAUGAUGAGGAAAUACACACAUGGGAAAGAUUUGGUGCUAGCAGGGGAGACGCGCGCUGCUGUGAAUUUUAUUACUUUGAAGAGUAUGGCUAAUUUGAAAGAGGAAUUGAAAGCUAUGGUUAGCUCGGAUGACUGGAUGGAUUGCCCUUAUUCUAAGAAACCUGGCGGAAUUGCUGUGAGUAAUCUUGUUACUAGUGUAACAUUUUGGUCCUCUUGUGCUGCAAUUGUUCGUAUAACCGAACCACUUCUAAGGCUUCUGAAAUUAGUUGGGAGCAAUAAGAGGCCAGCGAUGGGUUAUAUUUAUAUGGGUAUUUAUCAGGCCAAAGAGGCUAUUAAGAAAGAGCUUGUGAAGAAGAGUGACUAUAUGCCAUAUUGGGAUAUCAUUGAUUGGAGAUGGGAUAAGAAAUUGCCCCGCCCUCUUCAUGCGGCGGGUUUCUUUUUAAAUCCUCACUUCUUCUAUGGUGUUCGGGGAGAAGUUUCGAAUGAGAUCGCAUCAGGUCUUUUGGACUGUAUAGAGAGGUUGGUAUCUGAUGGGAAAACCCAAGAUAAAAUCCAGAAGGAAUUAAAUUUAUAUAGAAGCGAAGCUGGGGAUUUUCGAAGAAAGAUGGCUAUCAGGGCAAGGCGCAAUUUACUUCCUGCUGAAUGGUGGUACACUUAUGGAUGUGCUUGCCCACAUUUGACACGUUUGGCCGUGCGAAUCCUUAGUCAAACUUGCAGUGCCAAAGGAUGCGAUCGAACAAACAUUCCUUUUGAACAAAUUCAUAACCAAAGAAUGAACUGCUUGGAACACCAGAGAAUGUAUGAUCUUACUUUUGUCCAGUAUAACUUGCGGCUACAACAAAGGCAGCAAUUGAAGGUCAAAGCUUUUGAUCCUAUUUCCAUUGAUAAUAUGGACACUGUUGAUGACUGGGUUGUGGAGAAAAGUGGACCGCUGUCAGGAGCUACCGAUUAUCCCAAUUGGAUGGAUGUUAAUCAACCCAUAAAUAAUGUAGUAUCACCAGUUAAUUCAAGUGACGAAGAAAUUGAAGCCUUUUUUUCCGGACUUGAUGAGGAGAUGAUCCAAGCAGCUGCUCAAUACACAGCAGAUGAUGACAGUAUCAAGGAGGAUGAUGAGAAUCCUCCUUUUGAAUAAAAUUGGUUAGUGGAAGAGCAAAGUAAUGAUUGUUCUAUGAAGAAAAAAGAUCAGCUUUUGCCCAGGUAAUGUGAACUUGUGACGUAAUCUGGGUCAAGUAAGUGAUAGAUGUCAUUGUAAAUGUGUAGAUCCUUUCACUUUACUUAAGUUGGUUGAAAUCAAAUUCAGAGGAAGGCUAAUUCUAACUUCUUAUGAAGUAAGGCUAGUGGUUGAUUACUUGAUGGCUUUGUCA